AUGUCGUCAGCUAGAUUGAUUCUACGCUCCGUGAGGCCUUCAAUGGCCUUCACGCGCCCAAUAUCCAUGACCGCGCGCCGCCUGGCUGGUCCCGGAAACUCGAAAGAACACGAAACGGCAGCAGGCCACCGCAAGAUCCAGACCGAGAAACCACUCAAUCCCCAUAUGACGAACACGACAUCGACAAUCGCAAACGAUAUGCCAUCUGCGGGAGCUCGGAAAGCGCCUCCGGAGCUCCUAACGUCUGUUGAUGCGGAUUUUGUGCCGAAAGACUCUGUGCCGGAGAAUACGGAGCGUAUGACGGGUGGCACGCAGAAAGCCCCUGAGGAUGGACCAAAUGCUGAGAUGGGUGUUGGGCAGAUGGAGGGAGCAAAGUUUAAAAUUGAGCCGUUGAGGAGAACGGGUGAGGAUGCGAAUACUACGAGAGCUAGGUUGUUAUAUCAGAGCCGCAAGAGAGGAACACUGGAGAGUGAUCUUCUCAUGUCUACGUUCGCAGAAGCACACCUUCGAGAUAUGACUCCUGCGCAGAUGGCACAAUUCGAUCUAUUCUUGGACGAAAAUGAUUGGGAUAUAUAUUAUUGGGCCACGCAGGAACCUACGCCUACAUCACAAGAGACAGCUGAGGGAGCUGGCCGUGGACCAGAAGGCGCUACGGCUAAUGCUCAAGGCACGGAUAAGGAACCAAAACUUGAGACGGAUGAGUGGCGACAGGGCAGCCCGAGGAGCGGGGAAUGGGCUCAGACUAUUGGGACAUUCAAGCCAGCGUAUAGACCGGUGCCGACGAGGUGGAAGAAUAGUGAAAUUCUAGCGAUGCUGAGACGACAUGUCAUCUCGAGGUCUGCAGGUGGUAUUCAUGAGGAGCCGCUGGAUGCUAAGAGUACUGGUGGUGGUAUGGCGUUUAUGCCUCCUGUAUUCUCAACGGAUCGCCCAUGA